AUGGCCUCGGCUCAGAAAGCGACCGUCAGGAACCUCGCUAGAGACAUCAAAUCAGGCGCGCCCAGAGACCGUGAGAAGGCAGUGGAUGAUCUGUACCAUCUGCUGAAGAACAAGACUGCAAAUCUCACAGCUCUCGAGGACAAAGGAUAUCAUGAAAUUUUUGAGGCUCUUUUCAGCCUGGUCCUCGUCGAAAAGCCGGUCUAUUAUGACAACAGAAAAACGCAGGCGAAAAGAAACACCGCCGCGUCGCGCCUCUCCAAGUGUGCCUCCGCCGUAAGAGUGGCUGCAUCGCGCGGCGUCGCCAGAUUAGGCCGAAAGACGUUGCUCGCCUUCAUAGAUCAUAUCACGCAGGUGCUGCCGGGGCCGAAUGAUGACUUCGUGGCGCCUCUGCUCCAGGACUACGUCAAGGCUCUCGUCGACGUGCUUCGGCACUCGGCUCAUGUUGAGUUGCUGGCGAGAAAGGAUGGGGCCCCGUGGAUAAGCUGUGUCGACUUCCUCCUCGAUGUUUGCGUCUACAUUUUACCCAGUGAAUCUCGUUCCAGCGUCGUCGCCCUGAGCCGAGAUUCCCCUGCACCUGGCACGCCGACUCUUUGGUCCACCGGAAGAUCCAGCGGUUCCAAUCAGAGCCAGAAACGGGUGAACAAACCCGAGGGUAGGCCCAUUCUCGAUGCUCUCGAAGGACUGGAUUGCCUGGUUCAGGCAGCCAACGCCCCUGUUCUGCAGCGGGCAAAAGACGUCACGGACCUUGUCUUGAGAGUCCUGGCACUGAAGAACCUCAGUUUGGACCCCACGCAGAGCGCAUGCUUCGCCAUAGCAAACAACAUCUUUGCCGUGACGCAGGCAGAUGACUUUCAACUCGCAAACUCGCUCGUCAGAAACCUUCUUCCUCUGAUGAGCUACUGGUGGAGAGCCGACAAGGUCUCUCAGGAUGAAGCCAUCAAAACCUUGCGGAACGAGAUAUCCAAAACAAUCUUCUUGACCCAUCUCCACAUUGAGUAUCUUGCGACUAAAGCUCUUGAUGCGACGGUUCGGAAUGACGUGGAGAAUCUGGUCGAACCUCUCUGGCUGGAGUAUGCAAAGCGAGGGGAUCCAUUUCGGUUACAGCUUCACGAUCUGACAUUCGCUACCUCAUCACUGCCAGACGACUCCUUGAGGCUGCAGUCCUUUGGUUUGAGACAUCAUAACACUGAAGGAGAGAGCCACUGGGCGCUGGUCCAGAACAUUGCCCUCCUGGAGGCAAUACUUUUACGGAUCAGGCGAAACCCGGGCGUUGCAGAGACGGACAGACAAGAGCAACCUCACAAGCGGCGCAGAACUCAGGAGAGCGCCAGCCGCAUUCGGCUGAAGCUCAAGUCUCGGGACAUCAACGAACAGAGGACAGCUCUGCAGCUGGUGCCAUUUCUAAUCGCGAUCAACGUUCUGGAGACUGAGGAAAUCAGAGACUUGCUGGCAGACCUGGCCGUGUGCGCGUCAAACAAGCACGCUACCACUGCAUCAUGGGCUUUGAUUGCUUGCGCAAGCUGUGCCAUGGUCCCCGAGAUACGAGAAGACCUGAUAGACACCUGGAGGCAAGUUUGGUCUAUCGCAGCGAGGUCUGUGAGCCAGCCCGCCAUCAGCCGUGCUUCCUGCUUUGCCCUGAAAACGAUCCUGGAAGCGGACAUACUCCCAAGGCACGCACUUACAGAUGACCUCAACGGUUUCGUCGUCACAGCUGACAUCAACGGACCGGCAAUAUUAUGUGACACCUCGCUUUCCUUCAUGUCAUACUUACUCCAGGAACGAAACGUGCGGCUGCCGAAUGCUAGUCAGGUCACUAGCAGUCACAUCAUCAGAUGGGCAUUUCUGAAAUGGAAUCCUAGCGAGCCCGGUUAUGCCUCCUUCCAAUCCAUCCACGUGCAGCCACUGGAUAUGGUGAAUUUACUGCGCCUUUGCUGCGGAAUGUCGGCCUUGGUGUCCAAUGACCGACCUGCGCUUUCAGGCGCAGCUCUCAGCGGGGCCUGGAAAGUCCAGAAAGAGAUUUCGCCAUUCAACCGGUAUCUCCUCCUUCUCGACCACAAGCUUGACGAUCGGCAGAAGGGAGCCGGCGCCGAUGCACCGUCAGAACCGAAUAUUCCACAUGCCGAUUCGAGCAACGUAUACACGUCCCGAAAGCUUAUCUUGGAGCUAUUCUAUCCCAAGAUUGAGGAGUUGGUGUCCUUGAACCAGUCAUGGACCAAGAAGGUCGGCGAAGGUGGUACCCAGAUAUCCCUUGAGCGAUUCCAGAGCCUUCUGUCCGCCUGCAUCAUUGGAGCCAUGCUGCUGCCGCAAGUCAAUGACCUGAACUCCAUGCAGUCAACAGCUGUUGAGCCGGCGUUGCUUGAGUUGGCCGAAAAAAGCCUGGCCAUUGCUCUAGACUCGGUUGAGCCGCUUUCGUUUACUGAUCUUGUAUUGCGACUUCUCCGUCCAUGCAUCCCCGAUCUCACAACGACUAGCCUUGGGCGCCUUCACAGCGAAAAUGUCGGGCUCUUGCGCUUGAUUGCCAAGGUUGCAACUGCUCUCGAGCGACAGCAACUCGUGCCUGACUUGGACAACCUGGAUUCCAUGGAGUUGGACGAUGAGUUCGAUUCUCAAAGCAGCAGGGCGACGACAGCAUCUCAACCAAGGCCAAUGCCGAGGCAUAAUACGCAGAUGUCCACGAGCCUGAGAGCCUUCUACGCGGAUACCAGGAGUCGUCUUGCUCUCUUGCGGGUUCUUGCUGUUGACACCAGCCAGGUAGGAAUCGUACCCAACGCAUGGCUGGACCAGCUUUUAUCAAUGCCCGACGACGACCUUCUCAUGUGUCAGCGACUGCUGAUAGAGGUCUGCGAUUCGGACAUGGUCAUCGACCUUGAGAAUGCCCUGAGACUUGUCCAGAGACUUGGUGCCAUAAUCGGCGCCUACGAAUACCAAUGUUGCGAAGUGGCUCUUACAACGUGCAUCGAGGUCAUCAACGGCCUGCAUGGCGUCUGGCUGAAUGACAAGGGAGACCUUUCCGAUGGCGUGGGUGAUCUAUACAACUACUUCGUCAAGGUCUGCCUUCCGUCGAACUUUUUCUCACCGAGAGCGCAAAUGUCAAUGGCCCAUCUUCUGUUUACACUUCUUCGCGUCGACCCAUCAUACGGGACAGAUCUCGGCCUCGAUUCAUGCCGGACGUCUCUGUUGUAUAUCCUCGGCAGCGGAACGACGAAAGCAAAAUGCUACAUCGCGGACAGGAUUGCCAAUAUAUUCGAGCUAUACAUCCUGAUGUUGCAUGACGAGGUCUUUGUGGAUGUACUGGACAGUCUACCAGCCAACUCCGAAGACAGCGCCGGCAUUGCGUUCAGACUGCUAGUGCUUUCGCGCCUGGCUUGUCGAUGGCCGACUCUGUUGAGGAGGUGCAUCUACCAUAUUUUUGAGACUCCGGGGAAGAUAGCGCAGGCUACGGAAUACGCGAGAUGGUGCCUAGCGGACAUUGCUGCAGAACUGAAUCUUGAGUCACCCAAGACUCUGUUCAUGCUCUUUUCACGCCAGCUUCUCUAUACUUGGAUGGAAGGAGACUCCCUGCAGGAUAUCCCGUACUCGAUAUUUGGAUUCCAGGAGCUUGCCGAAUUGCUGCGAUCCGCCCAGGCUGAGACCAUGGCUCUAGGCCUCAUGCGAGGACAGGACGCGACCUGUGCAGAUCUCUCGCGUCUCAUCGGGUCGAGCGAAGAAGAGGUCAUUCAGCGAACCUUUGCAACCACACUCUCGUAUGCCAUGAUUUACGGCGACGCAUUUGCCGAACCAGGCAAACCCAAGGGAGAGGACCGCAUCCGGAAAAAGCUUGGGGCGAAGUUAUACGCUGAAGCAAUCUACAUCAAUUUUGCGGACAUUGUCGCACAAUUCUUCGACCUCAUCGAUCAAGAAGACUCGCCUGAGCGAGUGUUCCGCCGACAUCCAGACCUUGCGUACGCAGCUGACAACCUGGAGGCUAUGAAAAAGAUGUCACAUUCUCCAGCAAAUCUGCCACCAAACCAACAACCAAUGUUCCGAGCGAAAUAUGUCAUCCACGAUCUUUUCAGACUUUGCCAGAGCACGGAGUUCCAGUUUCACGAUCUGUGGACCCCCGCUUUGGUACUCUCAAUCGCCAGGAAGCUGUUCAGCACUAUUCACCCGGCGCUUGGAUCCCUUCAUGCCUGCUCAGUGCUGCGGAAAGUACGCUUGGUGAUGUGCUUGGCCGGGCCGGUGGCUUUGGACUCUUACUGCCUGGAGAUGCUGCUGAAUUCGAUCCGCGCCUUUGUCGUUGACUCUGAGUGCGCUGACGAUGCAUUGGGAAUGACCAAGUAUCUCCUCGAGGGCGGCGCCCAAUACCUGAAGCAAUCGCCGUCUUUCCUGGCUGGCUAUGCCCUGUCUACAUUGGCAUCUCUCAGGGUGUUUCUCGAGUCGAGUCAGUCUAGCACAACUCAGGAAAGCCAGUUCAAAGCAACCAUGAACAAGGCGCAGAGCUUUCACGAGUGGUUCGGCAGCUACCUGUCACGUUAUGAGUCCCCUGCGUUUAAGAGCGACGCGCAAGCGACGUCAUUCAAAUCCAUCACUCAGUCAGCGGCGCGAAUAAGGUCCUCCGGGAAUGCAGAGAAGGACACGUUUGAGAGCAGUCUACUUCUCGACAUCUUAAGAGAUAGCACCUCUGAUGAUGGGCUUCUCAACGAGCCAUCUCGACGCUUGGCUUUGGGCCUUCUCUGCAGUGACUUCACUAUUCCCCAGUCAGUCUCAAACGAUGUGGUGGAAAGCGACGAGGACGCAAUUGCUCAUGCUGAGGGUGUCUGGAAGAGCUGCGAGGCGCAAGAUCUGAGCCAAGACUAUCUGGCCUGGGCUGGACGCGUUGUUGGGAGGUCCUUUGCUGCAUCUGGUGCGAUUCCCGACGACACUCUUCGCGAGUCACGCCUCCGUCAGUAUUCCAGCAUGACUCACGGAUCUAAUGGAUCCGAAGAAGCCCUGCUGCGCCUUUUACAGGACCUCGCAUCAAGUCAAGACUCUGUCGUUGCCGGUAUGGCAGAAGCUGCUCUGAGAGGCACCGUUUCUCAAGCGGUGUUGCAAGAUGACGAGCCCCUCGUUGUGGCAUGCCAACGGAGCUUGAACGAGCCUCUGUUUGUUGCAUCUCAGUGGGGGGGGUAUCGCAUACCGCCUUCCGAGACGCCAGCUGCAUCGAGUAUCGAGGCCCACAGCGUGUGGAAGGAGGAGGUGGCAUCUCCGUGCUGGCUCACGCGGCUGAGCGUUCAUCUCGCCGAGUCCGUUCCAGACUCGAUCCUUUUGUCUGUGUUGCCCCCAAUCUUGGCUAAAGUCGAGGGCUUCGCCGAAAGGGCAUUCCCGUUUGUGGUUCACCUCGUUCUCUACUUUCUGUUGGAGCAGCAGCAAACCAUGAAGCGGCAGCUGUCCACAGCGGUGAAGGGGUGGUUGAUGUCCACAGCCCCCGCAUCCAGGGACAACGUGAAGCUCUUGAUCAAUGCAAUACUCUAUCUGAGGACUCAGGAAUACCCAAAAGAAUCAUCGAUCGAGGAUCGGCUGCAUUGGCUGGAGGUCGACUACAGCGCAGCGGCUUCGGUAGCCUCUCGAUGCGGCAUGUACAAGACGUCUCUACUGUUUGCAGAGCUGAUUUCCUCCGACAACACACGCGCAUCGCGCAGGUCUUCGGCUGCCAGGGAAGCAGACAUUAGCGACACGCUGCUGUCCAUCUUCGAGAAUAUUGAUGAUCCGGACACGUACUACGGUCUGCCAGAAGAGGCGAGUUUAGCAAAGGUCCUAGCUCGCGUAGAGUACGAGAAAGAAGGCGCCAAAAGCCUGGCGUUCCGAGGCGCUCUCUACGACAGCAACAUUAGACUUCGACGCCCUGAAGCUGAGACGGAUGCUCAAGCGCUAGUCGGAGCACUGGGCACUCUGGGCCUUGCUGGCCUUUCGCACUCAGUACUGCAGACUCAACAGAACAACGGCGCCUCUAACGGAUCUGUCGAGAGCACGUUUGGCACAGCUCGGCAGCUUGAACUGUGGAACCUUCCUGCGCCUCUUACAUCAGAACACCACACCGUCGCUGUCUACAAGGCCUAUCAAAGCAUGCAUCAGGCAACUGCCAUGUCUGCGGUUCGGUCUGCAGUGUAUGACGGCUUCAGCAAGAUCAUGCAAAAGACCACAGAAGCCACCGUCAACGCCACGACCGUCAGGAGCCGUCUUACAGCCCUUGCUGCCCUGGUGGAGCUGGAUGAUCUACUGAACGCAGCCGACGAAAAUGACAUGGAUAAGAACCUGAUUAAGUUUCGUGACCGUGAUCGGUGGAUGCGGAGUGGACGGUAUGACGAUGACUUGGGCCUGCAUGUUGAUGCUGCCAUUAAGAUCGAAGUGGCAAACGCACUAUGGGACCACAGGGAAAUGAGCACGUCGAUUCGCAUGCUCCAAGGCAUCGACACAGACUCGUCUCUCAGCAAGCAAAGUAUCCCGGUCAGCAGAUCUGAUCUUCUAUCCAAGAUAGGGCACAAGGUUUCGAUCGCUCGCCUCGAAAAGCCACGAGACAUUCAGAAGACAUACCUAGAACCCGCACUCAAGGAGCUCAAGCGCGAUGCCACCUCGGACAAGGAAGCAGGCGCGGUCUACCACCAGUUCGCCACUUUCUGCGACGAACAGCUACAGGAUGUGGACGGGCUGGAAGAUCUCGCAAGGCUACAGAACCUCAAAAAGGGCAAGAGCGAAGAGGUUGCUGAGCUCAAGGCACUCAUCUCGUCAACCAAGGACACGCAACUCAGGACAAGAUACUCGCACGUUCUCAACAAGGAGAAACAGUGGCUGGAUCUAGACGAGCAGGAGCUCCGCCGCGUCGAACAGACUCGUACUGAGUUUGUGCGACUGAGCUUGGAAAAUUACUUGUUGUCGUUGGCGACGUCGGACGAGUACAAUAACGACGCGCUGCGAUUUACUGCCCUCUGGCUCGAGCGGUCCACGGAAGACGUGACCAACAAGGCCGUGCAGCGCCAUCUCUCAUCCGUUCCGACGAGGAAAUUUGCCGGCUUGAUGAAUCAGUUGACUUCGAGGCUGCAGAACCAGGACACCGCUUUCCAAAGGCUCUUGCUAGAAUUGGUGUACAGCAUCUGCGUCGACCACCCCUAUCACGGCAUGUACCAAAUCUGGUCGGGCACCAAGGCGCGGGCCCAGCAAAAAGACGAAGUGGCAGUCCUUCGCGUCAAGGCAACUGAGAAGGUUGCCCAGCGAUUGGCCGCAACGAAGUCUGUGGCUGACAUAUGGCUGGCCAUCGAAAAGACCAGCAAAUACUACCACAUGCUUGCCAUGGAUAGGAACACGAGCAAGUAUAAGUCGGGGUCCAAGAUUGCGCUCAAAGACGCGAAUGCGGCGCUAAACUUGGUUAACUGCCUCGCCAAAUACCGGAUCCCGCCACCGACAAUGGACCUUGAAGUCUCGGCCAACAAGGAUUACUCGCGCGUGCCGUAUAUAUCCAAGCUGGAGCCGACCAUGACGAUUGCCUCAGGUGUGUCGGCGCCCAAAAUCAUCACCGCAGUGGGCAGUGACGGCAAGAAGUACAAACAGCUGGUCAAGGGCGGCCACGACGACCUCCGCCAGGACGCCAUCAUGGAGCAAGUUUUCGCCGCCGUAUCGUCGCUGCUGAAGCUGCAUAGGAGCACCCAACAGAGAAACUUGGGUAUCAGGACGUACAAAGUGUUGCCCCUGACGGCCACGUCGGGGCUGAUUGAGUUUGUGCCGAACACGAUUCCGCUUCAUGAGUUCCUCAUGCCCGCACACGAAAGAUACUACCCGAGGGAUCUCAAGGGUUCGCAAUGCAGAAAAGAGAUCUUCAACGUGCAGAGCCGGACGGUGGAGACGCGGAUCAGCACGUAUCGCAAGGUGACCGACAAGUUCCAUCCCGUGAUGCGGUACUUUUUCAUGGAGAACUUUACGGACCCGGAUGACUGGUUCACGAGACGUUUGGCGUACACGAGGAGUACGGCUGCCAUUUCUAUGCUUGGACACGUGCUCGGGCUGGGCGAUCGGCACGGCCAUAACAUCCUGCUAGACACGAAGACGGGAGAGGCCGUGCACAUUGAUCUGGGAGUGGCGUUUGAGGCUGGCAGGAUCCUCCCCGUGCCCGAGCUCGUGCCAUUUCGACUGACGCGAGACAUUGUUGACGGGAUGGGCAUCACCAAGACUGAGGGCGUGUUCCGCCGGUGCUGCGAGUUCACGCUGGAUGCGCUCCGCGAGGAGCAGUACUCCAUCAUGACCAUCCUCGACGUGUUGCGGUACGAUCCACUGUACACCUGGACCGUCUCACCGCUCAGGUUGGCCAAGCUGCAAAAAGCCAGGCAGGACGACGACACGGGGGCCGAAGAACCGGACCACAGUGAGGCCGACGCCAAGAGAGGGAAGAAGGCGGCGCACUUCAACGAGCCGUCCGAGGCAGACCGGGCGCUCGAGGUGGUGAGGAAGAAGCUGUCCAAGACGCUGAGCGUGACGGCGACGGUGAACGAUCUGAUCAACCAGGCGACGGACGAGCGAAACCUGGCGGUGUUGUAUUCUGGAUGGGCCGCGUAUGCUUGA